AUGGAUACUUUUGAUAUCGAAGCCUACAAACAAAAAUGUGAUAUUGAAGACACUUAUAUCGUCAACCGAUUUAUUCAGCGUCGAAAAAAAAUAGAGGAAGGUAGUGGAUCUCAUAGUAGAAAAUAUUUAAAUAGAGAUCAUGCAGCGGCAAACCAAAGACUCAUUGACGACUACUUUGCCAAUGAGCCUACAUAUGACGAUGCAAUGUUUCGUCGUCGGUACCGGAUGCAAAAGUACGUUUUCCUUCGAAUCGUUGGAGACCUUUCAAGUAGUGAUAACUACUUCACCCAGCGAGUUGAUGCCGCCAACAAAGAAGGAACGUUGAACGAUAUCAAUGUUCUAGACCGGUCACCGGUGUUUGAUGAUGUGGAACAGGGAAAUGCUCCAAGGGUGAAUUUCUUUGUGAAUCAACGUCCCUAUAGUAUGGCAUACUAUCUAGCUGAGGGUAUCUACCCUUCUUAUCCAACUUUCGUCAAAUCGAUUAGACUUCCUCAAAGUGAACCUGGUAAGUUAUUUGCAAAACAUCAGGAGGCAUGUCGGAAGGACAUCGAACGUGCUUUUGGAGUGCUUCGAGCUCGAUUUAAAAUCAUCAGUGAACCAGCUUGCUUGUGGGACAUAGCCGAUUUGGGUAUCAUCAUGAGGUUUGAUGUCUCCUAUUUGCAAGAUAAUUGUUCAUCGGAUUGUGUUGUUGAGCAUGUGGAAGUGGGACAUUUGAAGUUUCACUUCAAGUAUAUGGGACCAACUUAG